GUGUCUUUCUGUUUGAAGCCGCACCAUGGGCGGAGAUCUCUGCUGUUUCCUUCGAAAAUCAACCGAUCAUCCUCCUCCGGGAAACGGCGCCCGUGCACAGCGAUUAUAGCGGAAUGUCAGUACUGAAGUGAAUUUGUGUACGAGGGACACAUCAGAAUGACGUUUUGGACCAGUGAUGUGACUUCACAGCUGAAGGGUUAAUAUCAUCCGUCCUGCAUCAGUUUGUCAAAACAUCUUUCACAUGCUUCAGAAGAGCGUUCCCACCCGCAGCGUCCUCUCACAUCUCCUCUGGAUACAAUCUCUGGAUUGACCCCGUCUAAACAUCCACGAUACAUCUUCACAGGACAGGGUUUCCAUGUGUUGUCGUCCAUCACUGGUCCAACUCAACAAGGACAUGGAGCCCAACAUGGAGUAUAUCGUCACACAGGUCACGCAGAAGGAAGUUGGACGUCGGUUUCAGGUUGGACCAGAAAUCAUUGAGUACAUCCUGGACCGACACAAGUCGCAUGAUUUGGAACAGGAUCAGACCAUGUUGGACCGGAUGGUGGACAGUCUGGCCACUUCGUGGGUCAACUCAAGCAAUUUCAAGGUGGCUUUACUAGGGAUGGAUAUAGUGUCUGCAUUAAUAACAAGAUUACAGGACCGCUUCAAAACACUAAUAGGAACAGUUCUUCCCAGUUUGAUAGACCGUUUAGGUGACUCUAAAGAUCAGGUGAGAGACCAAGCGCAGACGCUGCUGUUAAAAAUAAUGGACCAAUGCGCCAAUCCACAGUAUGUAUGGGACCGAAUGCUGGUGGGAUUUAAACACAAAAACAGUCGGACCAGAGAAGCUGUUUGCUUUUGUCUUAUUUCAACUCUUAAUGUAUAUGGAGCUCAAGGUUUAACUCUUAGCAAGAUUGUUCCUCAUAUAUGUCAUCUGUUGGGAGACCCCACGAGUCAGGUUCGAGACGGUGCGAUGAGUUGUCUGGUGGAGAUUUACAGACAUGUGGGAGAGAGAGUUCGCAUGGAUCUGGGGAAAAAGGGUCUUCCACAAUCACGGUUGAAUUUGAUUUUCAGGAGAUUUGAUGAAGUUCAGAGGUCUGGGAAUAUGAUUCCGUCUGCAGAUAAAAACAUUGACGAUGAUGAAUCUGUGGAGGGAGGACGUUCCUCGUCUUCAUCUAAAGGAGCGUCGUCGGUUCGCCGGACGGGAUCCACGCGGCGGCCGAGCUCCGCCUCCAGCACUAAGAGCUCAGGUAAAGAAGGUUCUGGCGCUGGAGCUGUUGAUGAAGAAGAUUUCCUCCGUGCCUUCGAGGACGUGCCUGCUGUACAGAUUUAUUCCGGUCGAGAGCUGGAGGACUCCAUGAACAAGAUCAGAGAAGUUCUCUCAGAUGAUAAACACGACUGGGAACAGCGAGUGGCCGCUCUGAAGAAGGUUCGGUCGCUGCUGUUGGCCGGCGCGGUUCAUCAUGACGGGUUUUCUAAUCAGUUGAGACAACUUGAAGGAGCUUUUAAACUGUCCGUCAAAGAUCUGCGUUCACAGGUGGUGCGUGAGGCCUGUAUCACACUAGGUCAUCUGUCGUCGCUGUUGGGGAAUAAAUUUGACCACGGAGCUGAAAGCAUCAUGCCAAUGUUACUGAAUCUGGUCCCUAACAGCGCUAAAGUCAUGGCCACGUCUGGAUUCGCUGCCAUUCGUCUGAUCAUACGACACACACACUAUCCUCGGCUCAUUCCCAUCAUCACCAGCAACUGCACGUCUAAAUCAGUGGCUGUCAGACGGCGGUGUUUUGAGUUUUUGGAUCUUUUGCUGCAGGAGUGGCAGACGACGUCUUUAGAGAGGCACAUCAGUGUCCUCAUGGAAACCAUAAAGAAAGGCGUUCAUGAUGCUGAUUCUGAAGCCAAAUCAGUCGCCAGGAAGUGUUACUGGGGUUUUCAUUCCCACUUCAGUAGAGAGGCGGAGCAUCUGUUUCAGGCCCUCGAGCUGACCUAUCAGAAAGCUCUAAAGUCUCACCUGAAGAGUUCUGACAGCGUCUCGUCUCUCCCUCAGUCCGACCGCUCGUCCUCCAGCUCUCAAGAGAGUCUCAAUCGACCGGCAUCUGUAAGAACACCUGUCGGGAGCAAUUUAAGCAGAACGAAGUCAGUGAGUUCCCGCACGUCCACUGCGGCCGGUUCGAUGCAGCGCUCUCGCAGCGAUGUCGAUGUAAACGCAGCGGCCAGCGCCAAAUCCCGUAUGCCGGCUGUACCCACCGUCACACCCUUCAGUUCAUCCGCAGCGCUGCCGCCCGGCUCCUACGCUUCACUGGAUGCCGCUGGUGACGCGGAGGGUCGCGUGCGAACAAGACGACUGAGUUCAGAGAAGGCUGCUGUGGGCCGAGCCCCUGUGACGGACAGCAGGGGGCGGAGCCGAGCCAAAGUUGCGUCCCAAUCACAACGAUCCAGAUCAGCUAAUCAAGCGGGGGGUAGAAAUCACGCCGGCAGCCGCUCAACUUCACCCGGAAAGCUCUUGGCUCGUUCUUAUGGUAAAAUCCCUCGAGCUGCCGGAACGCCAUCAGAUAAACGCAGUAAGAUCCCGCGGAGUCAAGGCUGCAGUCGAGAGACCAGUCCCAGACGGGGCAGAGAUGCGCGGGGCAGUCGUAUCCCGAGGCCCAGCAUGAGUCAGGGUUGUAGUCGUGACACCAGUCGAGAGAGCAGUCGUGACCCCAGCCCGGCUCGAGCUUUCAGUUCGCUGGCAUCCCACAGGCACUCUCGCUCCACCAGCGCUCUGACGGCAGGUGACAUGCUGCAGACAGAUCGUUUUGGUCUGAUUCAUCAGGCUCGUAUCUCAGCGUCUGUUAAUGCCAUGAGAGUGUUGAACACGGGUUCGGAGGUGGAGGCUGCGGUUGCCGAUGCACUGCUUUUAGGAGAAUCUAGGAAUAAGCGGAGGCCGAUGUGCCGGCGCUUCGAGUCUCCUGGAAUGUGUUCUGACGACGAUGCCAACAGUGACGCGUCCAGCGCGUGUUCAGAGCUUUCCUACGGCUCACGCAACGGCGGGAUUCCACAUUACAUGCGUCAGACGGAGGACGUGGCCGAGAUUCUGAACCACUGCGCCAGCUCCAACUGGUCUGAGAGGAAAGAGGGUCUCCUGGGACUCCAGAACCUUCUGAAGAGCCAAAGAAUCCUCAGUCGUGUGGAGCUCAAGAGACUGUGUGAGAUCUUCACCAGAAUGUUCGCAGAUCCACACAGCAAGAGAGUGUUCAGCAUGUUCCUGGAGACGCUGGUGGAUUUCAUCUCCGUUCACAGAGAAGAUCUUCAGGACUGGUUGUUCGUCCUGCUCACGCAGCUCUUGAAGAAGAUGGGAGCUGAUCUUCUGGGCUCCGUCCAGGCUAAAGUUCAGAGAGCGCUGGAUGUCACCAGAGAUUCUUUCCUGUACGAUCAGCAGUUUAACAUCCUCAUGCGCUUCAUUGUUGAUCAAACGCAGACGCCAAACCUCAAGGUGAAGGUGGCCAUCCUGAAGUACAUUGAGUCUUUGGCCCGACAGAUGGAUCCCUCAGACUUUGUGAACUCCAGCGAGACGCGUCUGGCCGUCUCUCGGAUCAUUACGUGGACCACAGAGCCGAAGAGCUCAGACGUGAGGAAGGCUGCUCAGACGGUGUUGAUCUCUCUGUUUGAGCUCAACACUCCAGAGUUCACCAUGCUGUUGGGUGCUCUUCCCAAAACCUUUCAGGACGGAGCCACGAAACUGCUUCACAGUCAUCUGAAGAACAGCAGCAUCUCCACUGCAGCGGCGUCGCCCAGCAGCGCUAUGGGACGCCCACUAUCAAAACACCCCGUGACCCGCGCGAGUCCUCUGACGUCACCCAGCAGCUGUUCACACGGGGCACAUUCACCCAGUCAUUUCUGGGCCUGGAGCUCAAAGUCUUCCUCUUCCCUCACAUCCCCCCACCCCGGCCCCGCCACCCCCCCUCUCCUAGCUCAUCGGAGAGCUCACUCGCCCAGUAUGUUGGAGUAUGACACAGAGAACAUGAACUCAGAGGAGAUCUUCAGCUCUUUGAGAGGAGUAACAGAAGCCAUUCAGAGCUUCAGCUUCCGCAGUCAGGAGGAGAUCCCAGAGCCAAUCAAAGGCGACGGCAGGCGGGACGAUCCCACGGGUGUGACGUCAUCAUGUACGGACUCACGUCUGUCAGCAGGAGGAACUGAAGGAGGUCGAACCGCUCUGGACAAUAAAACAUCUUCAUUAAACACGCCGUCUCAGCGCUCCAUCAGCGGCCCGUGGACACGAGAGUACAACCCUUACAACUACAGCGACUCCAUUGGCGUCUAUGAGAAAGAAACUCCUGACACACCGGAGCUCAGAGACGGCUGUCACGGCUGCGGUGAAAACAAAACCACGCAUGCUAGAAGCUUUUCUGCAGGGCCCGAUCAGCAGUCGGAGAUGGUUGGCGACCUGCUGAAGGAGCUGUCCAAUCACAGCGAGCGUGUGGAGGAGAGGCGGGCCGCUUUGCUGGAGUUACUGAAGGUUACUCGUGAUGACGGACGGGUGACGUGGGAGGAGCAUUUUAAAACCAUGCUGCUGUUGCUGCUGGAGACGCUGGGAGAUAAAGAUCACACGAUCCGAGCGCUCGCUCUGCGUGUUCUCAAAGAGAUCAUGCGCAGUCAGCCUGCACGCUUCAAGAACUACGCAGAGCUCACCAUCAUGAAAACACUGGAGGCUCAUAAAGACGAACACAAAGAGGUGGUCCGGGCCGCUGAAGAGACGGCGUCAGUGCUGGCCGGCUCCAUUCACUCUGAACAGUGUGUCAAAGUUCUGUGUCCCAUCAUCCAGACGGCGGAUUACCCCGUCAACCUCGCCGCCAUUAAAAUGCAAACUAGAGUCAUCGAGCGCAUUCCCCAGGAUUCACUGCUUCAGCUCCUGCCCGACAUCAUCCCAGGACUGCUACAGGGCUAUGAUAACACGGAGAGCAGCGUUCGGAAGGCCAGCGUGUUUUGUCUGGUGGCCAUUUAUUCUGUGAUUGGUGAAGAUCUGAAGCCACACCUUCAACAGCUCACCGGCAGCAAGAUGAAACUGUUGAAUCUCUACAUCAAACGGGCUCAAACCACCACCAGCACCAGCAGCAGUUCUUCAGAUAUCUCCUCUCACAGCUGAUCUCAGCGUCACUCCCUCUCCAUCCAUCUCCAAACAAUCAUCAAACGCUCUCCAGCACGUCUAACUCGUGCCGUUGUCUCUCGUGUAAGUAGAUGCUGUUAGAGCACACGUGUGAAUAUGUUUUAUUAUUCAAUGAUACUUUAACACUUGAACAACCGUCGCCUUUGACUUUGAUUUGAUCCGUGCCUGCGCAAGGAAACCAGCAGAAGAACAUUUCCCCUCGCAAUCAGUGUUUGUUUGAUUUAUUUUGAAGGUUUGUUGUGGUGUUUAUCCACCUCGCGAGUUUAUCGUUCCAUCAGAUCGGCCGAUCACAGGUGUGUGGUUUAUUUGUGAAUGUGUCAUUUUAGCAGAUUUUAUUUUGUUGGAGAAACAAACGCCGCUGCCUCACGUUCUUCUGCCUGUGGUGACCAGUAUUAGAAUGAAUGAAAACUGUUUGGAUGUUAAAAAAUAUGCAAGAACAAAAGAUUGUAUUUGUACAUUAUCGUUUUAUUUGGUUGAUAACAUUUCGUGUGUUCUGGAUUAGAGAACGGUUUCAGGACCAUGACAUUUCAACACUAAGAGACAGUUUUCCUUUUGUGAUGACGCUGAUUUUAUUUGAUUAAAAUGGUCUUACAGAAAUGUGUGCAUUUGGCCUUUCCCGAGUAAAGAUUCCACUGUUAAACACUUGGGUUUUGCAGGUGAAAUAUAUGACGGGCUGUAACAUUAGAAAACUUAUGAAAUACACUGUAAAGGCAAAUAUAUUUGUGGAAUUCUGAACUGUUCGGAGAAGAAAAUGUGAACAAAAAUAAUCCAAAUUGGAUUUUAUCAGUCAAGUUGUUGUUUAUACCCAGUUUUGUGGUUUUAAAUCUCGGUGCUUAAUUGUUUCACACUGAAUGUUAAACCUUAUAUGAUAUUUACUUUUUUAUUUUGUUUUUAUUUUCGUGUUUCAAGAAGGAAAAUGACACUAAAAAUAUCCUAAAGCUCUUGUUAAAAAUCCCAAAGAACAUUUCACACACACACAAAAGGAUUUAUUUAGAAGUAGAAUAUUAGGUAUAUUUAAAACUUUGAUUUGCUAUUUAAAAAAUCUUUUGCAUGAAACAGUUAAAGAAAUCAUUUUAAUUGUCAGUUCCAUUACGCAGAGUACAGAAUCCUGUCUAUUAGUGCUUUAAAUAAAAAGAAUUUUAAAUGAUUAAGCAAUAUUAAAGAGGCCAACAUCUGUAUGACAUCAGUUUGUAAAGUCAACACUUCUUUCAUAGGACGCUAGAAACACAAAGUUCAUAGAGAACAACAUCCAGAGCUUCACACGACGCGCUUUACUUUGCUUUUGAUGCUUUUCUACUUCAUAUUCACGUCUGUAUUUCUUUGUUUCUUUGUACACAUGACCUGUUUUUCUUUGACUGUCACACGUGUAGAAUAAGAAAUCUGUAAACUUGAUUUGCUUUCGAUAAACAAAACCUUAAAGUUGUA